AGAGAGAGAGAGACGCGCGCACUGCUCCAGGAGUUGGAGGAGAGCGCUGGUGUGCGGUUCAGAACAAUUACGCGGGGUGGAUAUAUCUGGGGGGGAAGUUUCCAGUUUGUCCAUCCACUCUGCUCGCGCACAGGACGACGUCGCGCGCGCGUCAUUUCAGUUUAAGUCGCUUUUCUCUGUUGCUUUUUGUAAUUCACUGACGAAGAAGAGCGACACUGCCGCUCACUGCGCGGGCACGUGUUGCGCGCGAGGCGAGAAAGAAGUUGAGAGCGCAGGGCUGCAGAGAAGGACAGAGGGACAACGGAGCGAGACCACUCCACACACGAUGAAGAAAGACAACCCUGGCAGUCAGAGUCUGAAUCAAGUCCGGGCUCUGUUCUCCGUGCCUGGCAGUGAUUAUGACGGCCAAGGGAAGAGGACUAAGGUACUAUCCCAUCCUGGGGUUCCAUUAGUGGGACUGAUGCUUUUGGCCACCCUCCCUUUUGGAGCAGGCGUCAAACAGAGUGUCCCCAGGGUCAAACUCAGCCAGAGAGAACUGCUGCAAACUGGCAGCGUGUCUCUGUUUUUGGGCCCUUCCGAUGGCCUCCACUCCCACUCGCUGCUGUUGGAUGAGGAGAGGGGUCGCCUUCUGUUCGGAGCCAGGGAUCACAUCUAUCUGCUCGACCCUGACAAUCUGGCCAGAGCCCCCAGAAAGUUCCACUGGCCUGCUCCCCGGGACAGAGUGGAAAUGUGCAAACUGGCUGGCAAAAAUGCGAACCUGGAGUGUGCAAACUUUGUCAGGGUGCUCCACAACUACAAUCGAACACACGUCUACGCCUGCGGGACCGGAGCCUUCCACCCAAACUGUGCUUUCAUUGAAAUCACUGGGCGCAGAGAGGAUGGUGUGUUCCAGCUGCUGUCCAGUACAGUGGAGUCUGGCAGGUUGAAGUGUCCUUUUGAUCCAUUGCAGCCAUUCACCUCAGUCCUCACAGAUCAGUACCUGUAUGCGGGCACAUCUUCGGACUUCCUGGGCAAGGACACGACGUUCACACGCUCCCUCGGCCCUCCACCUGACCAGCACUACAUACGCACAGACAUCUCCGAAGACUACUGGAUCAAUGAGGGCAGGUUUAUAUCUGCUCAUCCCAUUGCGGACACCUACAACCCCGAUGAUGAUAAGAUUUACUUUUUCUUCCGCGAGGUGUCGUGGGAGGGCAACGACAAGAGCAUCCUGACCCGAGUGGCUCGUGUGUGCAAGAAUGAUGUGGGUGGCCUGAGGAGUCUGACCAAUAAAUGGACCACCUUCCUCAAGGCCCGUCUUGUGUGUUCUAUCCCUGGACCAGACGGAGUGGACACACACUUUGACGAGCUCCAGGACAUAUUUCUGCUCCCUACCAGAGAUGACAAAAACCCCGUAGUGUACGCAGUCUUCACCACCUCCAGCUCCAUUUUCCGCGGCUCAGCAGUGUGCGUGUACAGCAUGGCGGACAUAAGGGCCGCGUUUAACGGACCGUAUGCUCACAAGGAGGGGCCUGACCACCGAUGGGUCGAAUACGAGGGCAGGAUACCAUACCCACGUCCUGGAACGUGUCCCAGCAAGACAUAUGAUCCAAGGAUCAAGACCACCAAAGACUUCCCAGAUGAGGUGGUCAGUUUCAUUCGAUUCCACCCUCUGAUGUAUCGGUCUGUCUACCCUCUGACUGGACGGCCUGUGUUCACACGUGUGCGAGUGGACUACACCUUGACCAAGAUUGUGGUGGACAGAGUUUUAGCAGAGGAUGGACCAUAUGAGGUCAUGUUCCUGGGAACAGAUGCCGGCUCCGUUCUGAAGGUGGUGAGCAUCACUCAAGACAACUGGUCAACAGAGGAAGUGGUGCUCGAAGAACUUCAAGUCUUCCAGGUUCCCACUCCCAUCCUCAGUAUGAAGAUAUCUUCUAAACAGCAACAGCUCUACGUGGGAUCAGGCGAGGGCCUAGCGCAGGUUUCACUCAGUAGAUGUCACCUGUACGGACAAGCCUGUGCUGAAUGCUGUCUGGCGCGAGAUCCCUACUGUGCCUGGGAUGGACACACGUGCUCUCGAUACAUCCCUGCAUCCAAAAGGCGAGCCAGGAGACAGGACAUCAAGCACGGGGACCCUGCCAGUCAGUGUUGGGACACAGAAGACAGUCUUAGUGGGGGACAAGUGGAGGAGAAGCUUCUCUUUGGGGUGCAAAGCAACUCCACCUUCCUCGAGUGCAUCCCCAAAUCUCAACAGGCCCAGAUCCGGUGGUACAUACAGAGACCUGGAUCUGAACGCAGGGAGGAGGUCAGGUUGGACGAUCGUGUCGUUCACACUGAUCGAGGCCUCCUGAUUCUCUCCCUCCGUGUCUCGGAUGCUGGCGUGUAUAUCUGCGUAGCUCAAGAGCACACUCGCUUCACCCACACUCUCCUCCGUCUCACGCUGCAACUCGUUACACAUGGCCAACUGGACGGGAAGACCAAGCCCAGCGAAGACCCCGUGGCAGAGCUACGACAUGGCGGAGAGGCCCGUCAGCGGUACAAAGACUACCUGAGAGUGAUGAGCUCUCCCAUUGGCUCUCUGGAGGAGUACUGCGAUUCACUCUGGUUGGAGAAGAGGCCACCAAGGGCACGAGGACGAGGCUUGGGUGUCGCCAAAUGGAAACACAUCCAGGAAAUGAAGAAGAGCAGGAACAGGAGACACAACAGGGAGAGGGAGGAAGAGGGAGGAAGAGGCAGGGUGGUGAGGACAGCACAACAAUGAGGGGUGAGGUAAAAUAAAAACACAUCCAGGAUUUAGCUGUGUAUAUUCACUCAUUGAGUGAUGAAGCAAACAUGACAGAACUGGAAAAUUGCAAUGACAGAUCAAUCCGUGGGCGAACUAAAUCUAACUCUAAGUUGAAGGGGCAUGAACCGCUGAAAUAGUCCAAAAUGAAUAUAUUAAUUUGAACUACAAACUUUAAGUAGUAUUAGUUUGAGAAUAUGUAAUUUCUUCAUGUGUUAACAAUGUAAGAACUUUUCAGUCGUGUCAGAGGAAAAUAUCUCAUAUAUCAACAGUAGUAGUAUGAAAACAAAAAUCACAAGUUUGCUCACGGCGAUGACAAUGCAUUCAUGUUGAAUGACUGUAAAUAUUUGUAUAACAUGUACAGGAGAUAUGGCAUGCUCAGUGUAGUCUUAUUACUGAUCUGUAUAACUACAAUGAUAAUCACGUUUAGAAAUACCGUAUUUUGUACAAACAUUUAAAAUAUGUAGGUUGAAUAGAUGUUUUCAUUAAUGCUCUUUUUCCCCCCUUCAAUUAUUUAAAUAAAUUUGUCGCUGAGGCUCUUGUUUUCUGA